CUCAAAACCCUAAAUUUUCUUUCCGUUUUCUCGCUCUCCGGAAGCCCCCCUCCCCCUCAAAGCUCUGCACCUCAAUCAGUCAUUGUUGUCGCUUUGUGCUCUGUAAAGCAGCCAUUAUUGCUCUUCUGCACGUUGGCUAUUUAAACACCAAAAAGCUUAGAUAAAAUAUAAUGAAUUAAAUAUGUUGUAUUGGACACCUUGUCACGUGCUGGCCAGCGAAUGUCAUUGGGGGAUGAGUCCGUCUUCUUCUUAGUUUGAUUUCAUUUCAUUUUCCCAUAUAUAAAUCUUCAAAAACGUAUUCAGAACACUGUCAAUCUCUCACUCCAUCGGUUUCUCCUCCCACUACGCGUUCAAGCUUUUCCCAUUUCAGGCUAACGUCCGUUCCUCUGCGAUUUCGAUUCUCCUGUUUUUGAUCUACCUCUGCAUCUGCAUUUGCGUUUGAGUUUGUGUUUCAUUUGCCUGAGGUGCUUCCGUACUCUACGUCUCUAUCCCUCUUCUUUUUUUUUUUUCCUCUCUACUUUUUCUAGGGUUUUGGGUUUUUGUCGGAGUAUUCGUGCUAACUUUUCACCGUUCGUGUGGUAGAUCUUUGUGUUUCCUAGUCGAAUAAACUGUUUUACUACUAGAUGUUGACUGUCUGUGCUGUAGAUUUGUACUUUAUGAUGUGGAUUUCACUUUUCAAGUGAUGCUUACUGUUUUUAUGUAAAAAUUUCAUUAUAGAGAUUGGUUUUAGUUGUUUGUGUGGGACAUUUGGAAUCUUAGUUACAGUAUGUGUUUCCUGAGGUUUUGGAUCAGGGAGGGGCUUGUAUUAUGUUUGUUUUCUGGAGUGCAUGAGGUUUCACAUUGUUAAACAAGCAGAUCCUGAACUGAUUUUUAUGAGUUCCAGUUUUUUCUUUUGGUUUUUUAAGUUUAUGUUUAUACCUCAAUUCUUUGACAAUGUAUGUUGCUCUUCAUUUGAAGUUUUAGUGGGAUUGUUGUUGAAUCCCUUUUUUUUUGGGGGUGUUCUGUGUUACUUUCCUAUUGCAGAUCUUUAAAAGUGAAAAGAUUAUCUACAUUUCCAACUAUGUCGGAUCUUGAGGCCCCCCUGCGCCCCAAGAGGAAGAAAAUUUGGGUGGAUUAUUUUGUUCAAUUUCGAUGGAUAAUUGUGAUCUUUGUUGUCCUCCCUGUCUCGUUCACAAUAUACUUCCUUACAUAUCUUGGAGAUGUCAAAUCUGAAUCUAAGUCCUUCAAGAAGCGUCAGAAGGAACAUGAUGAAAAUGUGGAGAAAGUUGUGAAACGUCUCAAAGAGAGGAACCCUUCAAAGGAUGGCCUUGUGUGCACAGCCCGAAAACCCUAUAUUGCUGUUGGAAUGCGUAAUGUUGAUUAUAAGCGAGCUAGGCAUUUUGAGGUUGACCUCUCAGCAUUCCGCAAUAUCCUGGAAAUUGACAAAGAGAGAAUGAUUGCAAGAGUGGAGCCUUUGGUUAACAUGGGGCAGAUCACCAGGGUUACAGUCCCAAUGAAUCUUUCCCUCGCAGUUGUUGCUGAGCUUGAUGAUCUUACUGUUGGUGGCCUCAUCAAUGGCUACGGGAUUGAAGGAAGCUCUCACAUCUAUGGCCUCUUCUCUGAUACUGUUGUGGCUUAUGAGAUUGUUCUUGCAAAUGGACAAGUUGUUAGAGCUACUAAGGACAACGAAUAUCAAGAUCUUUUCUAUGCUAUUCCGUGGUCUCAGGGAACAUUGGGGCUUCUUGUGUCUGCCGAGAUAAAGCUUAUCCCUGUUAAGGAAUAUAUGAAGCUGACUUAUAAACCUGUUGUGGGCAAUCUAAAAGAGAUAGCAGAGGGUUAUGUGGAUUCUUUUGCACCCAGAGACAGGGAUCAGGAUAAUCCAGAGAAAGUUCCAGACUUUGUUGAAACCAUGAUUUAUUCUCCUACAGAAGCAGUUUGCAUGGCAGGGAAAUAUGCCUCAAAAGAGGAAGCCAAGAAGAAGGGCAGUGUGAUUAAUAGUGUUGGGUGGUGGUUUAAACCUUGGUUCUACCAGCAUGCGGAGAAGGCACUAAAGAAAGGGGAGUUUGUAGAGUACAUACCAACUCGGGAAUAUUACCACAGGCACACUAGGUGUCUGUACUGGGAGGGAAAGUUGAUCCUUCCUUUUGCCGAUCAGUGGUGGUUUAGGUUUCUUUUGGGGUGGAUAAUGCCACCCAAGGUGUCUCUGCUCAAGGCCACUCAAGGUGAAGCUAUCAGAAAUUAUUACCAUGAGAUGCAUGUCAUUCAGGACAUGCUUGUUCCGCUUUACAAGGUUGGGGAUGCUCUAGAGUGGGCCCACAAGGAGAUGGAGGUAUAUCCUAUUUGGUUAUGCCCACACAGAUUGUACAAGCUCCCUCUCAAAACCAUGGUGUAUCCUGAACCAGGCUUUGAGCUACAUCGCAGGCAGGGAGAUACGCAUUAUGCUCAGAUGUACACGGAUGUGGGAAUAUACUAUUCACCUGGCCCCGUUUUGAGGGGUGAAGUCUUUGAUGGUGCGGAGGCUGUCCGACGUAUGGAGAACUGGUUGAUUGAGAAUCAUGGGUUCCAGCCACAAUAUGCCGUGUCUGAGCUGACUGAGAAGAACUUCUGGAGGAUGUUUGAUGCUUCACUAUAUGAGCACUGCAGGAAGAAAUAUGGAGCUGUGGGAACCUUUAUGAGUGUUUAUUACAAGUCAAAGAAAGGACGGAAGACUGAGAAGGAAGUGCAGGAAGCUGAAAGAGAACAGGAGACUGCCUAUGCUGAGGUCGAUCAGCCAGUAGACUGAUUUUUGAUUGGACAUGGAUUUUUCUUCCGGUAGGGAUUUUCUGUUUCCCCUUUUUCCUAAUUUCCUGGUUGUGUUUUUGUAUUUGUUCUCUCUUUCUUGGUUGUGGAAGUUCUUAACAACUUAGAAUGGGUGCGAUUUGAGGGAUUUAUGGUAUCUUAGUGAGUUUGACUGAACUUGGUCUCAUUAAGUUCAACUAGACUUUUCGGAUGGUUUAUGGGCUCUGCAGAGUACACACUUAGUGAUGAUUUAUGGUGCGAGGCGGAAUGCGUCGGUCACCGGUCCCCUCCUGGCUGGGCUUACCUAUGGUUUGGAAGCUUAUUUUAAAUGUUCCUUGUGCACAGCCAUAACAAAAUUACACAAACCCUCCAGCUUCAUCUCUUUGCUGGCCUGCAGACUUGGCCGGUGGAAUAAUUUCAGUCUCUGCUAUGGCAGUAAAGGUCUGUAUUGGACGAAAAAUGCUUCAUGUUAGCAUCUUAAAGUGUGAGCGAUGUUUAUUUUCUCCGGUUUAUAAAUUCUACUAUUUAUGUUUGGGAGAGUGGAGUUGAAAUGCUUAUAUUAUUAUUUAAUAUAUUUUCAACAUUUAGUCC